AAAAGAGAAGAAGAAUAACUUCCGUACGAAUCAUAAUAUUCACGAGAAAUGGACGCGUUAGACGAAAUUAAACGUCUCGAGUAUUUAUCUUUAGUGUCGAAGGUGUGCACCGAGUUGGAGAAUCAUCUGGGAAUAAGCGAGAAAGAUCUGGCUGAAUUUAUCAUCAGUCUAGCCGAGAAACACCCGACAUUUGAGGGAUUCAAAGCCACUCUGUCUAAAAAUGGAGCAGACUUCACGGAUACCUUUACUGCUAAUCUACUCAGACUUAUUAAUGCUAUGCGACCAUCUUCGAGUACAGGUCAUCAGUCAGAGGUCAAGCCAAAGGGUGAGAAGGACAACCUGAAGCAGAAAUAUCCAGCUUUAUGUAAACAAGAUGAUCCUGUGUGGAUGAUUCCACCUCUCCACACAGAAAAAACGGAUGAUCAGGUGGCAGCAGCAGCCAUGAAGGAGCUGGAGAUGCUGAUGCCUAACUUCUGUGGAACAAGCACCGACAAUGGGUCAGGCAGUAAUUUUGACUCCGCCAGAAGUCGAGACACGGGCCGACAAAUCGGACGUCGGCGAAGUCGUUCUCGAUCCAGAGAACGCGACGGAGACACAAACCCGCCGCGAAAAAGGAAACGGGUGUCUCGCUGGAGCGACUUUCCACCGAGCCCCCGCCGAGACAAUGACAAGCAGGAUGAGAACCACACGAAGAAGGACGACAGAGACUCUGAGCGCGGGCGCGACCGACUCGCGGAUCGGCCGCCGGCUGAAGAACCAGUUGUGGGCGACAUUUACAACGGCAAAAUCAGCAGUAUUAUGCAGUUUGGCUGCUUUGUGCAGCUAGAGGGCCUCAGGAAACGCUUUGAGGGCCUGGUGCACAUCUCUGAGUUACGCAAAGAAGGGCGUAUCGCCAACGUGGCGGACGUGGUCGCCAAAGGCCAAAAGGUGAAAGUCAAAGUGCUGUCCUUCACCGGAACCAAAGCCAGCCUCAGCAUGAAGGACGUCGACCAGGAGACGGGGGAGGACCUGAACCCCAACCGGAGGAGAAACCUGGACCCGGGAGUCGGAGACGAAGCCAUGAGGAACCCCGACCGCCCCGUUGAAGCCAGCGUGGUGGAACCAGAGGAGAACCCGUCGGAACGCAAGCGGCUCGCCAAGAUCACCGACCUGGAGAAGUGGGAAAUCAAACAGAUGAUUGCCGCCAACGUACUUCCUAAAGAAGAGUUCCCAGAAUUUGACGAGGAGACGGGAAUCCUUCCCAAAAUAGAUGACGAAGAAGAUGAAGAAUUAGAGAUCGAUCUGGUCGAAGACGAACCACCAUUCCUCAGAGGACAGACUAAAUUCAGCACUAACAUGAGCCCAGUGAAAAUCGUAAAGAAUCCCGACGGCUCCCUCUCCCAAGCAGCCAUGAUGCAGAGCGCUCUGUCCAAGGAGAGGAGGGAGCUGAAGCAGGCGGCCCGCGCAGCAGAGUUGGACUCCAUCCCGACCGGGAUCCACAAGAACUGGAUCGACCCGAUGCCCGAUUAUGAAGGAAGGCAGAUAGCCGCCAACCUGAGGGGCAUCGGGGCGAUGCCGCUCGACCUUCCGGCGUGGAAAAGGUACGCCUUCGGGGGGAACCAGGUGUCGUACGGCAAGAAGACCGAACUCUCCAUCGUGCAGCAGAGAGAGAGUCUUCCUAUUUAUAAGCUCAAGGAACAGCUUGUUCAGGCCGUCCACGACAAUCAGAUCUUGAUCGUCGUCGGCGAGACGGGGUCCGGUAAGACCACGCAGAUCACGCAGUACCUGGCGGAGGCCGGCUACACCACCAGGGGGAAGAUCGGCUGCACGCAGCCCCGUCGAGUGGCCGCCAUGUCCGUGGCCAAGAGGGUCGCCGAGGAGUACGGGUGCUGUCUGGGUCAAGAGGUGGGCUACACCAUCCGAUUCGAGGACUGCACCAGCACGGAGACGGUGAUCAAGUACAUGACGCACGGCAUGCUGCAGAGGGAGUGCCUGCUGGACGCCGACAUGAGUCUGUAUUCCAUCAUCAUGCUGGACGAGGCCCACGAGAGAACCAUCCACACCGACGUGCUCUUCGGACUCCUCAAGAAGACAAUACGGAAGCGCAAAGACAUGAAGCUGAUCGUGUCCUCGGCCACGCUGGACGCUGUCAAGUUCUCGCAGUACUUCUUUGAAGCGCCCAUCUUCACCAUCCCGGGAAGGACUUUCCCGGUGGAGGUUCUCUACUGCAGAGAGCCCGAGACGGACUACUUGGACGCCAGCCUCAUCACGGUCAUGCAGAUCCACCUGAUGGAGCCCCCGGGGGACGUUCUGGUGUUUUUGACGGGACAGGAGGAGAUCGACACCGCCUGCGAGAUCCUGUACGACAGGAUGAAGUCACUCGGGCCCGACGUUCCCGAGCUGAUCAUUCUGCCCGUUUACUCUGCGCUGCCCAGCGAGAUGCAGACCAGGAUCUUUGACCCGGCCCCCCCGGGCAGCAGAAAGGUCAUCAUUGCCACCAACAUCGCUGAGACGUCUCUCACGAUCGACGGCAUCUACUACGUGGUGGACCCUGGCUUCGUCAAGCAGAUCGUGUACAGUUCCAAGUCGGGGAUCGACCAGCUCGUGGUGACUCCCAUCUCACAGGCGCAGGCCAAGCAGAGGGCGGGUCGGGCCGGCAGAACGGGCCCGGGGAAAUGUUACCGGCUCUACACGGAGAGAGCCUACAGGGACGAGAUGCUGACCACCAACGUGCCCGAGAUCCAGAGGACCAACCUGGCCAGCACCGUGCUGUCUCUGAAGGCGAUGGGCAUCAAUGACCUCCUGUCCUUUGACUUCAUGGACGCUCCUCCCAUGGAGACGCUGAUCACAGCCAUGGAGCAGCUCUACACUCUGGGCGCUCUGGAUGAUGAAGGCCUACUCACCCGGCUGGGGAGGAGGAUGGCGGAGUUCCCUCUGGAGCCGAUGGUGUGCAAGAUGUUGAUCAUGUCCGUCCAUCUGGGCUGCAGUGAAGAGAUGCUCACCAUCGUCUCCAUGUUGUCGGUGCAAAACAUCUUUUACAGACCGAAGGACAAACAGGCCCAGGCUGACCAGAAGAAGACAAAGUUCUUCCAGCCGGAGGGAGACCACCUGACCCUUCUGGCGGUCUACAACUCUUGGAAGAACAACAAGUUCUCCAACCCCUGGUGCUUCGAGAACUUCAUCCAAGCGCGCUCCUUGAGGAGAGCUCAGGACAUUCGAAAGCAGAUGCUGAGCAUCAUGGACAGACACAAGCUGGACGUGGUGUCCUGUGGGACCGCUACCAUGCGGGUCCAGAAAGCCAUCUGCAGCGGGUUCUUCAGGAACUCUGCACGGAAGCACCCGCAUGACGGGUACCGUACCCUGAUUGACCAGCAGGUGGUGUACCUCCACCCCUCCAGCACGCUCUUCAACCGCCAGCCAGAGUGGCUGGUGUACCACGAGCUGGUGCUGACCACCAAGGAGUACAUGCGGGAGGUGACCACCAUCGACCCCCGCUGGCUGGUGGAGUUCGCCCCGGCCUUCUACAGGGUCGGCGACCCGACGCGCCUCAGCCGGCAGAAGAGGCAGCAGAAGCUGGAGCCGCUGUACAACCGCUACGAGGAGCCCAACGCCUGGAGGAUCUCCCGCGCCUUCAGGCGCCGCUGAGCGACCCCGCGUGCCUUUUUGAACCAGGUCGACGCUGAUAAUGACUGAUGCCAAGUACCCACCGUCUGAGACAUUUCAUGCAAUAUCGGCCAGACCUGUCCAAACACAUUAUGUAAUGUUAUUAGGUCGUACUGUUAUAUCUACGGAAUAUUCCACGGGUUUGCAAAGAGGGUUUUUUGCGUAGUUCAUAAACACUAGAUGCGUCUAAUCAUUUACUGUCUGUUAGAGAAAUAGUCAUUUGUCUGGGUAAAUAUUAGGCUGCUAAUUAGUUUUGCGCAAACAUUUCCUAAAAGGACCAAACUGCUCCUUUUUGCCGGUGUAUAUUUGGAGUAUUAAUA